AAUUAAGUCUGACAAUUUAAAAGGUAUCAUCUUGUCUUGAAACCAAACAAUCAAUAUGCCCAAACAAACAAUAUGUUGAGCAGUUUGCUACCCAACAGUUCAGAUUUAUCCACAUAAUACAAUUUUCAAGAUAUAUUCUCUCAAAGGUGCACGUGCAUCUCAGCAACCGAAUCUCAUCUCAGUUGAUCAAAGGAAAACUUCACUUAACAAGUGCCUAGGUUUGAUUUCUGCUGCUCGCAAAGGGAUUACCCCUGGGCUGAGAAAGGAGAAGAAAAAGUACUUGGGUUUGAUGUAAAAAAGAAGAUAAAAUGUACAAAGGGUCUGAUGAAAAACAGUAUGUAAGUAAUAGGAAGAAGGUUAGAAACUGUGAUGUUGCAGAGAGCAGUUUUCAAAGCAUGAGUGUUGAUGAUGUGGAUCCAUCUGGGGGUUCAUCAUUCCAAUUAAGAAAUUUGAGUUGCUGCUCAUUGGUUUGUAAACCAAGUGCUUCUAACAUAGCCAACAGAUACUUCAUGCUUCACAAAGUAACUCAGUCCUGGCCUUCCCCUGCCUUGUGUUUUGUGGAGAAAGUGCCUCAAGAUGCACAAAGUUCUCAUGUUACAGUUUUUAAUUCAGGUGAUGGAUCCUCAAAAUCAGAUAAUGAGUCAACCUCAUCUAAGAGCAUGCGGGAUGUUCAUAUUUCAAUGCGGUUGAUGGAGGACUUUCUAGAUCUUGCUAAAGAAAAUACAGAAAAAGAUUUGGAAACUUGUGGUAUACUUGGUGCCUAUCUUGAGAAGGGAACCCUUUAUAUGACUACUCUGAUUAUACCAAAGCAGGAAUCUGCUUCGAAUUCUUGUCAAGCUACAAAUGAGGAGGAAGUUUUCAAAAUUCUAAAUGAAAGAUCCCUUUAUCCUGUUGGAUGGAUUCAUACUCAUCCUUCUCAAAGUUGUUUCAUGUCAUCUGUCGAUCUUCACACUCAAUAUUCCUACCAGAUGAUGAUUCCUGAGGCAUUUGCCAUUGUCUUGGCACCAAAUGAUAAAUUAAGGAGCUGUGGAUUAUUUCGUAUAGCCGACCCUGAAGGAAUGAGUAUUCUGAAAAAUUGCAAGGAGACAGGAUUUCAUCCACACAAAGAACCAGAUAAUGGCAACCCUGUGUAUGAGCACUGCUCCAAUGUGUACAGAAACUCUAAUCUAAGGUUUGAAAUCUUUGAUUUGCGAUAAAAUUGACAUUGAAUACAACACUGUAUAAUAUGACAGAUUCAAGUGUACUGAAAGAAGAAUCCUGAUACACAAUAAUUACGUUUUGUCUAAUGUAAUAAGGUCGGCUUUGUACCCUCUUGCAUGUUCA